AUGAAGUCAGCGCCUGCGUCCCCUCCGCUUCUCAAGCCAGCGCCUUCUCCCGUCCACGGAGGAGAGAGCAGCAGCAGCGACGACGACGACGACAACCAGAGCGAGGGGUACGCGACGCUGGACGAGAGCGACUGGCGCGCGUCCAGCUCGUCCGACUCGGCUGUCGCUGCUCCAGCGCCGCGCUUCUCCUUUGUCGUGGGGCUCCCGUCGAAAGUGCGCGACUCGGUCUUCCGUCGACCGCUGAAAGCGCACAAGCGGCUCCAAAGUCCGGUCCCCAAGACGAAAGACCGCUCGAGUACAGCGGAUACAACCAGGACGUCGUCCUCAGCGGCCUCGACGCCUCGAGAGGCUGCGCGCGGGUGUGGCAAGUUGCUGGAAGCGCCCCAACACGGAGACCAAGUCGAGCACUUUCGAGUGUUCUGGGACGAGAAACUGCGGACGACUAUGGACAAAUUCACGAGCACUCGCACGUGUCGCAGUGACGCGGCCCCGACGCUCGCGUUCCAUCUCUUGCUGCAGCUCUACGCCCACCAAGACGUCGUGAAAGAGCUCUACAGCAGCUACGACGCCCAUGCUGCCGAGUUUGAGUUUUACAUCCCGCAGCUCUGCACGUUCCUCAUGCACGGCAACUACGACAAACAGCAUCAGCUCGAGUGUUUCCUCAUGUCUCGCAGUGGCGAGUCGCUGCCGUUUGCCCACCGCUUGACGUGGUUCUUGCGCUCGUUCUGCGACCAUGCACGGACGUACCGCUCGGAGUACUUGAGUGUCACUGCAGCGCAGGACCAGGACAAUGUGGAUCUGCUGACAGCGAUUGGGAGACGAGCAGGAGUGCCGGCGCUGCUCAUGAGCAGCGGUCUCUGUGUAGAAGAAGUGACGGCGGCAGUACCAGAUAAUUUGGAACGGAGACGGUGGACGAAUUUCCCGACGGAUGAUAAUGAGCUGGACAUCACGACAUUUGAAACCGAUGAGACGUUUGCAGGACAUUUGAUGCGCCGGAGGAAUUCCGUGCAGGAUGAAGCGAGGACAGAAGAAGGCAAUUCGCAGCAGAUCUCGCUGUUUCGGCAGACGCCAAAGUUUGUUGAAGCGCUUACGGACCUGGCUGAACAGCUGAUUCCCACACCGCGUCAUCGACGGAACAGUGAAUUGCGCAAAGAGCUUGUGGCUAUUCAUGAACAAAUGCUGCCGUCGGACGUGAUUUACUUGCCCAUCGGCAACUCGUGUCAUCGUGUUAAAGGCAUUCGGGUCGACGAGUGUUUCACGUUUUCUACAAAAGAGCGAGUGCCGUAUUUCCUCUGUGUCGAAGUGCUGGAUUACUCGGUGUCGGCUGUCGCAGACUCUAACGGCCAUCCAGAAACGAAAAAGUCAAAGGCGAGUUGUCACCAGACGCAUGUCUUUAAUUUGAAAUUGCCAUUCAACAAGGCCGAUGCGGAUCUGGUGGCAAUAGGAAAUGCGGCAGAUGACUCCCCCAUGUCGAGCAGCACCUCGCCCGAAAGUGAAGUGAGCCUGGUAGCGUCACCAAGUGCUGCUUCUCCGUUGUCUGAGUACGAGAGAGGAAAAGAAGGCGUUGCUGGUGUAUUGACCUCCUCCGAGGAAGAUGAUGAUGCACUAGCCGGGAAUCUAGUGGACGACAGAAAUGACCAGGACGGUGAUGACGAGAAAGAAGGAGGUAACUGGAAACCGAGAGCGGUCUUUGCGGAGAACGAAGAGUUCCAAAAAGCUGAAGUGGAGCAGCAGGAUCGGCUUGGUCAAUGGAACUUGCCGAGACCUCGACGGCGCAGUAUUAAAGAGUACUCGUCCAGCGCAUCGGUUCGGUCAGGAGGACAGUUUGAAAGCUUCUAUUCAUCCUGGUUUUUGAAGAAAGCUCAGCAAGAUGCUAAAGGGGACGACAGUAUCGCACGGAGUCACUCUGCGUCCAACGGGUUGAAUGACGGCGAGGCUGCUGAGAAUUUUUUCGCAGCAGCUUUGACACAAUGUGGAGAUCCCUCUUACGUUGAUGAGGGAACUGACAGUGCUGUCGACGGAGAAACUGAAGUGCAAAACAGUGACAUAGUCGAAGGGGUUUCUGCUCAACCUAGUACCUUAGACGCUGAAGCGGCAGCUGUGACCGCGACUGGGAACGUCAACGUGCCGCUAUCCUUGAAAAAUGCGAGCUUUGAAGUCGCCGGCCAACACGCCGAUGCAAAAGCAAGCACAAUGCGUCAAACAGAGCCUAAACGAGAGGGUGUGCCGACCGAUGACGAGUUGAGGGUAGGUGAUGCUUCGAAGAUUGAGGAUUCUGUGACAGGUGCUGGUCUUACUGUCCCUGCUCAUUCUUCGGGUCUCUUUUCGUCCGUGUUGUCGAAAAAGCCGACGGAUAACCUGGCGCCCACUCAUAAUUCGGAUGAGGCAACGUCGUUGUCCAAGAAGGAAAAAAAGUGUGGAGCGACGAGUACAUCGAACGGCAGAAAAGCCGACGCAGUCAAGUCCACUGCGUCUGCCGGUAUUUUGGGGUCUUUCUUUGCAAAGAAGUCUCAAGUAAACACGAAAGCUGCUACCGUAGCGCCUGAUGAAACGGACAAAGCAUCACUUUUGCCCAAGGCAAGUGCACAGAAGAUUUGCAGUGAACAUAACGCCCAGCGGACGAACGGAGGGAAGUCUGAGUCAAUGGGGGCACUUUCGAGCGCCAACAAAUUUACUGAUAGAACGUCAGAGCUCAGCGAGGGUGGUGUGACAGAUGAUUCUUGUGCUCAGGAUGCGGAUGACGAGGACACUGACUCGAGCCGUGAGCUUGUAUUGGAAAACGACAUUGCUGUGUGUGAAAUGGAGAAGUCUGUAGUAACGUCAAAACCAGCAGAAAAGCAAGUGCCUUUUGCCUCGUGGUUUUAUCGGAAGCCGACACCAGCAUUGGUUUGUCCUGCUGAAAAGUCAGACGGUGCUACGCCUCGCGCAGGUGACAAUGCUGCAUCUUCUGUAAUUGUCAGCCCCAAUGUGUCUACGUCGGAACCCUCAGAGUGUGUUGUGGAAGGCGAAGUCAUUUCACAGGAGGAGCUUCUAUUUCAUCAAAGGCCGCGUGACCUGAGCGUGAGCCUUGACUUUGCUGAUCCGACGGCAUGGAAAGAGAAGUUUGACCUGGAAGAUAGUCUUACCGAUGACGAACCAGAUGAAGAAACGGUUGGCACUUCUGCAUUGUAUGACGAUAAAGAGGGUGAGCAAGAGGCAUCUGACGAAGAGGACGAAAAGCCGAUGAUCGUGUUUCGUGAGCGCUGGAGUGAGAAGGAAGCACGUAUUCGCCAAGAAUCGCCAUACGGUGACCACCCAGGUUGGCGACUGCUCUCUGUUAUCGUGAAGAGCAACGACGACUUGCGCCAGGAACAGUUUGCAGCGCAGCUGAUUGCCCAGUGUGAUCGAAUCUUUCGCGAGUACUCACUUCCUCUCUUGCUGAGACCGUACAAUGUGAUCGCUACGUCAGCAACGACUGGUCUUAUUGAGGCCGUCCCUGAUACUGUUUCUCUCGAUUCCCUCAAGCGGAACGACCCAGGUUACACUUCGCUUCUUGACUUCUAUACUCGCCUCCACGGCGACAAAGACACCGCUGGGUUUGUUCGAGCUCAACGAAAUUUUGUGGAGAGCCUCGCGGCCUAUUCUAUGGUCUGCUACGUAUUCCAGAUCAAGGACCGUCACAAUGGCAAUAUCUUGGUGGACACUGAUGGACAUGUGAUCCACAUUGAUUUCGGUUUUUUUCUCACCAACAGUCCCGGUAGUAACUGGAAUUUCGAGCGGGCUCCGUUUAAGCUGACGGAUGAAUUCGUUGAGCUGAUGGGCGGACCUCGCAGUUCGGCCUUUCGCUACUUUAGGUCGCUCUGCAUUCGUGCGUACUUGGCGUUGCGCCGCAACAUGGAUCAGAUCGUGCUGCUUGUGGAGAUGAUGCUUGUGGGAAAUGCCGACUUGCCGUGCUUUGCUGGCGGGAAAAAGGCUGUUGUUGAGGGUCUUCGCUCGCGUUUCAAACCGGGCGCUCGUACGAGCACGUGUCAAAUGUUUGUGAACCAGCUGAUCGACCAAUCCAUUAACAAUUGGCGGACACGCUGGUAUGACAAGUACCAACGCGCUUGUCUCGGAAUCCUGUAG